AAGUCAGUCAGGGUGAACUGCCCGCGUUGAAUCGAGCAUGAACUGUGCGGUUAGUUUAAAGUAUUAAAAAAAAAAAGAAAAUUAAUUCUCCCAAAAUUGAAAAGAUCUUCCCUUAUCAAAAUAUGAUUAAUUCAUAAUUAAAACGUGAAUUUUCCUUUUAUAAAUAAACUCUCUAUCACUUUUCUUAAUGAUAAUAAAUUGUCCCACAAAUUUCUCUCACCGAUCAUUUAUAUAGUAUUUUUCAUAUCACACGCGCCGGUCGUUUGGUGGUAAAAUUUAAUGUCACAUUUCCCUUUUGUGAUGAUAUAUUAACCUUCAAUUAUCAUCAAUCAGUUCAGUUCGACAAGAGUGACUACGCUUUUAUAUUCAUUCACUUAGAAUUUAAUUAACAAAUUUUUUGUUCAAUUAGAAUUUUUUUUUUUUUUGUUUCAAACUGAUGUCGAAAAUAUUUGUGUGACAUUUUAUUUAUACUUUAUAAGUGACAGAAGAAAAAUUCUUCAAUUAAAAGGAGAGAGGGGAUUAACGCGCACCAUCUGCGCAGGUCAAUUUCCCAUUUUUGCCAUACUUUCUCCCUCGACUGAAAAGGUUCUCUUGCCAAGAGCCUUUUGAAUUUCGACAUCGAAGCCAACUUCAGCCCAAGCAGACCAACUCCCCUCAACAUUUUUUAAAUUUCGAAAGAAUAUUAAUUAGCUACCUGUAGAGGAGUGAAAAAAAAAUGGAUCACCAUAAUCACUAUCACGAUCAUCAUCAUCAUCAUCACGAAGACUCAACAAUGCAUUUAAUGUCUGAUAAUAUAACUAGAUUAGCGUCUUUAGGACAUGAAGAUGAAGAUAAAGAAACCGCGGUAUUAAUAGUCAAAGGUGUCACUAUGCUUGUUUUAUGCUCCGUCAGCAUAUGCAUGGGACUUUUACCUUUGCAAAUGAAUAAAUGGCUAAAGUGGACAUCACCGAAAAAUGGAAAUUCCGUAAGAUCAUCAAAGGUGAUGAGUAUGCUUUUGGGAUUCGGAGGUGGAGUCCUUUUAUGUACGACUUUUCUUCAUCUUUUGCCUGAAGUGACUGAAGGAGUUGAAUCUCUAAUACAUCAAGGAAAAAUAAAUCCUCAGAGAUUUCCCAUUCCGGAAACUCUCACAUGUCUCGGAUUUUUCAUUAUGUAUUUGGUUGAAGAAUUGGUCCACACACGUUUGAGACACAAAAAAAGACACGCAUCUUCUCAAUUUAAUGUUGAUGUCAAUCACAGUACAAAUGAAUUGGUUGAGAAUGGCAAAAUUGAUCACUCAUCAUUGCCAAAUGGGCGCAAUCAUGCGACGAAGGCCCCAACAGUUGAAGAAGAAACACAAAUUGUUCUGUACGGCACUUUUGAUCAAAUUUGCAAGAAACGCGAAAUCCAAAUUGUGAAAUUGGACAGUUGCACCGGUCACAGUCAUCUACCAAUAACAGAUGAUGGCGAAAGCUUUGAGAUCAGUUCUCUUCGAGGACUUUUAAUAGUAUUGGGACUUUCAGUGCAUGAAUUAUUUGAGGGACUUGCUAUAGGCCUUGAAAGUUCUGCCCCUGACGUUUGGUAUAUGUUUGCUGCAGUAUCUGCACACAAAUUCGUCAUUGCAUUUUGCAUUGGUGUGCAGCUAAUUGCAGCUAAGACGAAGGUGCAUCUAUCAAUCGUCUACAUAUGCAUGUUUGCCGUUGUCUCUCCCCUUGGAAUUGGGAUUGGAAUGGCACUAAUCGGGGGCGAGAGUGCUGCAGCAAAUGGUCCCCUACCCGUAUUUUUACAGGGAAUUGCAUCUGGUACAUUGCUGUACGUAGUUUUCUUUGAAGUUUUACAAGAAAAUCGUUCUGGACUGAGGCAAUUUGCUUCUAUUGUUGUAGGAUUUAUUUUAAUGAUGGGUCUUCAGUCAGUGAUGGCUCAUUCGCAUUCACAUGGUCACUCGCACGGACAGGACCAUCACGAAGAGGAGGGCAAAGGUCACGAUCACGAACACGAGAAUGAUGAGCAUCAUGAUGUGAUUAAACCCAUAAUUGAGAGGGUAUCGGGUUCAGUAGCAGACGCUGUUACAAAAGCUUUAUCAACAUCAACAAAAAAGAUUUUGGAGACGACAACAACAAAAUCAAUUCCCAUUAUUUCGUAGGGAAACAUCGCCAAAGUGAAAUAUUCAAAGACUUAAUUUAAAAUCUCCUUCAAAAUCACUCAGUACCUGCUCGCGCAUUAUGCACAACAAACAGCAGGAAAAAAUGAGGAUUUCAAUUAAUUGUAUAUUCUAAGCUGUGAUUUAAGACUAAACUAGUGAUAGUGACAAUCACUGAAAUUUAAAGAAAAAAUUACAGCUUGAAUUUAUAUUAUUAGAAAUAAGUUCAUUUUUUUUUCUUCAAACACAAAAGAAAACCAAUUCUAAAAAUUACAAAAUUGGAUUAUAUAUAUACAAAUUCAUCUAAAACUGGAAUAAUCCAAAACGAGUUUCAUUUCGAAUCGAAAAAAACAGAAUAUCCAUAAUAUUAAUUUACAUAAUAUAAUGCAAAUGUUUUUUUAUAAAAUGUACACUAAACUUUUCAGUUUUAAGAAAACAGUGAUUGUUAAUGCGAUAUAUUAACGCACAAGCGCCUUUUGUACAUAAUUCAUAAGCGAAUUUUUAGCAAACAGAAAGUUAUAUAUACAAUGACUCUUGUCACUCUCUAUCUCUCUCUCAUCAAACCAAAUGGAUCUCCAGAGAAAAAAAAACGUACGAGAUGAGCUAUUUAUAUAAAUAAUUUGUAAAGAUUUUUAAUGUGAACCGAGUUUAAAU